UUCCUCGCUAUUUUUAUCGGCGUUCCCCCCUACUGCGCCCAACAGACACAACACUGUGGUGCUCAGUGAGCAGUGCUCACAGCAAAGAAUAUUCUAAACCACAGUGAACUGCCAACUUCGAAGAUGAGUGGUCAAGCAAUCGACUCCAACUGUAUCACGUUGACGAGGUUCGUCCUCGCCGAACAGAAGAAGGUGCCAAACGCCACGGGCGAACUCACCCAGCUCCUCAACUCCAUCCAGACCGCGGUUAAAGUUAUCAGCAGUGCCGUCAGGAGGGCUGGAAUAACCAAAUUAUUUGGGGCUGUUGGUGAGACUAAUGUACAAGGCGAAGAAGUAAAGAAACUCGAUGUUUUGGCAAAUGAUCUCUUCAUUAAUAUGCUUAAAUCGUCGCUUACUGUAGCCCUACUGGUGUCAGAGGAAAAUGAAACAGUCAUAGAGGUGGAUUUCGAGAACCGUGGUAAAUACAUUGUAGCCUUCGAUCCACUCGAUGGUUCCUCGAAUAUCGAUUGUUUGGUGUCCAUUGGAUCAAUUUUUUCAAUAACCAAGAUUGAGGACAACACUGCAGCCACAGUUAAAGAUGCCCUUAAGCCAGGCAAUAAGGUUGUAGCAGCUGGAUAUGCAUUAUACGGCAGUGCCACCAUGUUGGUAUUGUCCAUUGGUAACGGAGUUAACGGAUUUAUGUUGGAUCCAUCUAUUGGAGAGUUUAUUCUGACUGAAAAGAACAUGGUUAUUCCUAACAAGGGCAACAUUUACUCCAUCAAUGAAGGAUAUACUUACUUGUGGGAUGAGGCUAUCAAAGAAUAUGUAGAUAACAAAAAGGAUCCAGCCAAGGGUAAACCAUAUGGAGCUAGAUAUGUGGGUUCCAUGGUGGCAGAUGUACACAGGACCAUAAAAUAUGGAGGAGUUUUCAUCUACCCUGCCACUAAACAAUCACCAAAAGGAAAAUUACGACUUCUGUACGAAUGUAUUCCAAUGGCAUACAUUGUUACUCAAGCACAAGGAAAAGCUUCAAAUGGAAAAAUUCCUAUUUUAGAUGUGAUUCCAACAGGUCUCCAUGAUAGAAGUCCAAUAAUUCUGGGUUCAACUGAUGAUGUUAAUGAGGUGUUAGACAUCAUAAAGAAACAUGAAAAAUAGUGACCUGGACUGAUUGUUAUAUUUUGAAAUGUUAAUAAAGUUUUUAUUUUUAUAUAAA